CAAAGAGUUGAGGGCAUGGUUAAAGUAAAUGGUAACAAGACCAAAUACUAAGGAAAAAUGGGAUCGGACUUUAUUAACACCCUGUAUUAUGCCGCUCAAAUGAGAUCUACCGGUUCAGUAUCAAAAGCAAAUAAGAACGCUCAAUACAGAGAUCCUGAGCACCCCCUUUAUCAAGUCAUACAAGACAGUAAGAAGGCAUCCAAGGAAGCCACACCCCCCAUGGAUAUAAUCUACAUUGCAUCGUUGAUUAAACCUGAAAUCAUGAAUGAAAACCUGGUUGAAACAAUGAAGCUGAUUGAACCGGUUCAAAGUGGGGACGGAUUACAAGAUUAUAUCGGAAAAUACUCCGGACAUAAUGGUCAGUUCACAAUGAGACCAGACAAUUUUUAUUUAAGAACAGGCAACCAGGUCAUUUACAACAGAACAUAUGGUAGCGACAAACCAAGAUGUUGUGUCGAAAAGCGGGUUGUUUUAUGUGACUCCACAUACACAAAAGAAAUUGGGGAAGGAUUUCUCAUGUCAUUUGGCCAAGAAUACAACAGAGUCCAUGAAUGUGAGCGUUACCCUAUCACGGAAGCUUCAACCCCACCAGCAGACAUCAUCAAGAAAGCUCACAAAUACGUCAACGACAAGGUCCCGAUGUUCGAAUUCGUGGAAGAUCUGGACCGGUGCAACCCACCGCUUUGGGCUACUGUUGACCAAGUCACCACCCUGCCGUACACUUUCUGUAAAAAGGAUCUCAUAAUGCGAUAUGACCCACAAUUUCCGGAUGACAAAAGGCACUACAAGACUUUCAAAACUUUUGCUAAAAUGGUGGAAGAAUUUGGAGACCCUCCACCGAAUUAUUUCAUCACAAAAGACCAUUCAAGAGACGAGCUCCUACUUCAAUUUGAGGACAUUGUACGGCAACGUGGCAAUAAUUAAUAAUUAUGAAUGUUAUCCCUGGACGUAGUCGGAUAAGCUUGACUAGUAAUAAUUUUAAUAACCUCUAUAGUUAGUUAUAUUUUUGAACCGUUUCAACUUAUUUAGUUUGUACCUGCUGAGAAUUUACAACAAAAUAAAUGGGAUAAAUUAACUUUUUUAUAAUCUA